GAAAGCCGUGAAAUCUUUAUUGUAAGUGGUUUGAGCGUUGAAAGAAUCAAUGAGACAGUCGGCUACCAAUAUGGUGUUCCCAAUGGUUUUCCUCAAGCUAGCCCAGUGGCUCCUCUACCAAGUCCUGGCUAAGUCUUGCUACAAGACCGCCACGAACCUCAUCAAAAAAUCCACUUUCUUCUUCUUCACGAACCCAUCUUCUAAACCACUACACAACAUUAGUACUACUAGCAACAAUAAUAAUAAUUAUAAUAACCUCCCUCAUGUCACAAAAUACAACCCACACCACCCCGAGAGGAAAAACCAAACAUUGGUUUGCGACAUGCAGGGCGGUCUGCUCGCCGCGGCGGGACCCUCGGCCCACUCCUUCUUCCCAUACUUCAUGCUGGUGGCGUUUGAAGGCGGCAGCAUUCUCCGGGCGGUUUUCCUGCUCCUCAGUUUCCCGUUCGUGUGGCUUUUGGACUCGGUCAACCUCGGGCUGAGGGCGAUGAUCUUCGUCACGUUCUUUGGGCUCAGGAAGGCCCAAAUGGACUGCGUCGGGAGAGCGGUGCUCCCCAAGUUCUACCUUGAAAACCUCGACCCCGACGUUUACGGCACCCUGGCUUCGGCCGGGACUAGGGUUGUCAUCACCGGUGUCCCCAGGGUGAUGGUGGAAGGGUUUCUCAAGGAGUAUCUCGGGGUUGAUGUUGUCAAGGGCACGGAGUUGCACACAUUGGGAGGGUUCUUCACGGGCUUGGUGGUUGGUUCUGGGCCUCUUGUGAAACACAGGGCUCUGAAACAGGUCUUUGGGGAGAAGAUGCCUGACAUUGGAGUGGCCACUUCCGGCAUCCAUGACCGCCUUUUUCUCUCGCUCUGUAAGGAAGCAUACGUGGUAAACGACAGGGGAAACAAGAACAAGAGUGGGGACCCACCAUUAUUCCCAAGGGAGAAGUACCCAAAGCCACUGAUAUUCCAUGAUGGGCGGCUAGCAUUCCUUCCAACUCCCCUCUCUGCCCUAGCCAUGUUCAUCUGGCUGCCCGUGGGACUUCUCCUGGCAAUCUUCAGAAUAUUCAUAGGCACAUGCUUGCCCUACAAGGCGGCCAUGUUCUUGGGCAGCCUGACCGGGAUGGAGAUCCGCGUUGAGGGAAGCGAUCCUCCGAGGCCCGAGAACGGGAAAGGGGUCCUCUACGUUUGCACCCACCGGACUCUCCUUGACCCGGUCUUUCUGAGUACUGUUCUUGCCAAGCCCUUGACCGCGGUCACCUACAGCCUGAGCAAAAUGUCAGAGAUACUGGCACCGAUAAGGACCGUUAGGCUGAAAAGGGACCGAAAGGAGGACGGGGCGACGAUGGAGAGAAUGCUAAGGGAAGGGGACUUGGUGGUUUGCCCAGAGGGGACCACUUGCAGGGAGCCAUACCUGCUGAGGUUUAGCUCCCUGUUUGCAGAGCUGGCUGAUGAGAUUGUGCCAGUGGCUAUGGACACAAGUGUGGGCAUGUUCUAUGGGACCACUGCAAGUGGGCUCAAGUGCUUGGACCCACUCUUCUUCUUGAUGAACCCUAGGCCCACUUACAGGGUCCACAUCCUUGGGAAAGUUCCCAAAGAGAUGACAUGUGGUGGGGGUGGUGGUAAGUCUAGCUUUGAGGUGGCUAACUACAUACAGAGACAGCUGGCUGAUGCUUUGGGGUUUGAGUGCACCACUCUUACAAGAAGAGACAAGUAUUUGAUGUUGGCUGGGAAUGAUGGGAUUGUUGAGAAUCACUAGCUAGCUAAUUAAGUAGUAGCACAAAACUUAACUAAUCUGUAUUGUUACUUUCCACAAUAUAAUGCCUUCCUUAUC